CCAUGGUCUAAAUGCAUCAGUGAAGCUGUUGGUAUUGACUUUAUCUGGUCAGUAGUGUUGGCAACAUUCCCUGAACAGCUCAGUUGUGCCCACUUUGUUUCUGGCAACACUGCAGCAAAGGCGGGUCACUGAGGUUUAGGUGAUGUUCAGGGACUCGUGUGGAGGGUGCUAACGAUUUUUAAAAACUUUUUUGGUGACCGCGUCAGGGCUGCAUGAAUGACCCGAGGAGAUUUAAGUCACCACCGGCAGUCUGUCCACGCCGCUGCAAGGUAAAUGAAGACGGCAAACACUGCCCUGGUUUAUAUAAUGACACUGCUGAGGGGAAUGGUUUUAUUAAGACUAAACUGGAUAGCUGACCAGCCAAGGGAACAUAUCACUGGAUGUACAAGUCUACUUUUAUUGCAUCUUAUUUUGCAAAUAUGUGACACUGCAUUUUUACUGCACAAGCUUUCUACUAGUUAAUGUUUAUUUUUUUCCAAUUGCAAGUCAUAAUGGCAGAGUGAAGAUGGGGGACUGGAACUUCCUCGGGGGGAUUUUGGAGGAGGUGCAUAUCCAUUCCACCAUGGUAGGCAAGAUCUGGCUCACCAUCCUCUUCAUCUUCCGUAUGCUGGUCCUCGGCGUGGCAGCCGAGGACGUGUGGAACGACGAGCAGGCCGACUUCAUAUGCAACACGGAGCAGCCCGGCUGCAGGAACGUGUGCUACGACCACGCUUUCCCAAUCUCCCUCAUUCGCUACUGGGUGCUGCAGGUCAUUUUCGUGUCUUCUCCCUCGCUGGUUUACAUGGGCCACGCUCUCUACAGGCUGCGGGCGCUGGAGAAGACCCGGCAGAAGAAGAAGGCCCUGCUGCGGAGGGAGCUGGAGAUGGUGGACGUGGAGCUGCCGGAUUCCAGGAAGAGGAUUGAGCGUGAAAUGAAACAGCUGGAUCAGGGGAAGCUCAACAAAGCUCCUCUGAGGGGCUCUCUGCUGCGAACCUACGUGGCUCACGUCGUCACUCGCUCUGUCGUCGAAGUGGCCUUCAUGACAGGCCAGUACCUCCUUUACGGCUUUCACCUCUACCCGCUCUUCAAGUGUGAGCGGGACCCUUGUCCCAACGCCGUGGACUGUUACGUCUCCAGACCGACAGAGAAAAGUGUCUUCAUGGUGUUCAUGCAGUGCAUUGCUGGAAUCUCCCUCUCCCUAAACAUCCUGGAGAUCAUACAUCUGAGCUACAAGAAGAUUAAAAAGGGCAUGUUAGACUUCUACCCUCACUUGAGAGAUGAGAAGGAUGAACUCGAUGACUACUACGCCAACAAGUAUAAAAAAGAAUCCGUUGUGCAAAUAUGCACCGGCGUACCCCGAAAGGCAACGAUCGCCUCUGCACCCAGUCACUACAACCUCUUGAUGGAGAGGGCGCAGGGCACAAUUAUGUACCCGAACCUUAUCAAACCUUCAACUUUUCUACCUCUUCAGGGCGAGCUGGCCACUCAGCAUUAUUUGGAUGAUUCCAGAUGUUCAGCUCAGAGCCCCCCGCACUGUAACUGCACCUCGACUACCAACGAGCUCUGCUCUCCGUGCUGCGACUCCCUGAUUAACCCAAAGGAGGAGGCUGUGGACUUUGUGCAUCUUCCUCCACACAGUAAAGAGAACGGAGGCAGCGAAAGAGGGAGCUCAGACUCUCCAAAAUGCCCACAGACGACAGUUGACGCUUCCUCCCUCCCCACGCUGCCAGUUAGCGCAUCAAAGAGGCCGUGGAGGGCUCACGGCUCUUUAAAAUGCUCCACCGUGUUGGAGGGGAAAAGCUCCGAUACAGACUCAUAUGGGGGUGCAAAGGCCAGCAGUGGACAUCCCCCCACUCAAACACAGUCAAAAUCAGAUGCCAAACAUCAAAGUCGGCCCUCCAGCCCAGAGUCACUGGAUGACUCCAGCUCAGGGUCCAGGCACAAUCCCAGACCCCCUUCCUUCAACCGCAAAACAUCAGUGGCAAGUAAUGCGAGCAGCAGACGAGCGGCGGACCUGCAAAUCUAAACUUCAAAUGCAAAACUGUUUCCUCAGAGCAAUCCAUGUUACAGGUGCAUCUGCAAUCCAUGUUACAGGUGCAUCUGUUCAUAUCUACAUUACAUUAAGGACUAAACAGCACUCUAAGCUGACUUCUACCUGGUGAGAGUUUGCUCAUAUUUUUGUUUGGUCUGUUUAACAAUUCAGUCUAAAUAAUGUGGCAUGCUUUAAAACCCCCUAUUGUAGUUCAACUAAUGGAAUUGACAUUUAUUAUCGCUUGUGGUGACAUAUUACAAUAAGAAACAACAGAGGACUUUGUAUGUUUUAUAUAUAUUUAUAUUUUUAUUUAUAUUUUUAAGUGUUUUUGGAAUAAACCUGUUUUCUAUUGUGAUUAAAUGCAUGUAUUGUUACCCAAUUAGCAUGAAAAAGUAUAUAUAUUUAACCUUGAUGGUCUAAUACAAGAUUAAGUAGGCCUGCAAUGAGUCAAAUAUAGAUGAGAUGUCUCAAGUGGUGUUUUUCAUAGUAGUGGGACAUAAACAUUGUAAAAGAAAUUCCAGUACCAUUUCACUAUAAAGAGGACUGUCAGUACAUUCUGGCUACUGCACUUGCUCUUUAGGCUGUUGAACAUUUUGUUUUCUCACUAGGGCUGGAACUAACGAUUGCUUUCAUUGACGAGUAAUCUGUAGAUUAUUUUCUUGUUUAAUCGAUUAGUUGUUUGGUCUAUAAAAUGUCAGAAAAUGGUGAAAAAGGGUUGAUCAGUGUUUCCAAAAGCCCAAGAUGACGUCCUCAAA